CCACCAUCCAUGUGCAUCCUUUUCUUGCCGUAACAUCUGAUUCCGAGCUCCUCUCUUACUUCUCUUCGUUAUAUAAUAAUACGAAAAGUGAAAAAAUCACACCAGCGAGAAAAUAACAACCCAAAAUCUCAUCCUGAUUCUCCAUCCUCUUCUCCUUCUCCUUCUUCUCCUUCUUCGUCGUAGUUCGCUUUCUCUCUCUUUCUUUCCUUCUCUAUUCUCCCAUCAGUUUCCCAAGCAGGUAUAUAGAGCAGUAGGCUAGCAUUUUGCCAAUCCCUCUUUCUGAAGCACCAAUGCCUGCGCAGAAGCGGUCUUUGCCCGACUCUCCGGACGAUGGGGAGGUCUCAGAACUUUACAACCACCGCCAUGCGAAGCAAUCUCAUCGGGACCGAGAGCUACAAGGCGAGGAAAAAAGGGCGGAGGAGGAUGAGCAAGGGGAGCUAGGUGAAGGGGAAGAAGAAGGACAGCAGAACGAGCAAGAGCAGGACAAGGAGGAGAAAGUAGAGGAUAUUGACGAAAGCCCUUCUUCUGAACCCGAAGAGAAACCUGAAUUUGUGUUUGUUGAACUUCUGGAAGUUCGUAAAGAUGUCCAAUGUCCAAUUUGCCUUGGCAUUAUUAAGAAAACACGGACUGUCAUGGAAUGCUUGCACCGAUUUUGCAGGGAAUGCAUUGACAAGUCAAUGAGACUUGGGAACAAUGAAUGCCCUGCUUGCCGCACACAUUGUGCCAGUCGUCGUUCCUUGAGAGAUGAUCCAAACUAUGAUGCUCUAAUUGCUUCUCUAUAUCCAGAUAUUGAGAAGUAUGAGGAAGAGGAGCUUGAAUUUCGUGAAGAGGAGAAGACUCGCAAUAAGCAGAUUCAAGCUUCAAUUGCAAAAGUGGUUCAACGGCAAUCGGAAGCACUAGUCAAGAGACGUAAUAAGGAUACACCACCAGGUGCAUUUGUCACAAGGUCACAACGUAAUCAUAGGAAUGUUCAUGCUAGGAGACAAAACCAUGGAAUUGAUCAAGGAUCAGAAGACAAUGAAGAGGAAAAUGAAAAUAAUGGAGAAAAAGACUCAUCCUCCACUGAUGAGCGGAGCGCAGAACAAAAGAGAAAGCCAAAGAGAGGGACAAGAGUUCGUCCCUCCCAGCCUUCCUCAUCAAUGGCAAGCCCUGAUGGUGGAUUUAUAGAAAGUGAUGUCGAUAUAAUGAGAGAAAAUCAAGGAAUUUCUUCAAGGCAGCUGUCAAAACCUCAGAAGCGUACCUGGGGAGGGGCUCGUUUUAGGAGUCACACUCGACAUGGCAGUGGCAGUGGCAGUGGCAGCUCAAGCAAGAAUUCCCGCGGUAGUCGCGUCUCUAAGUUUGUUGAUUAUUUAAGAAGCUUAGAUGAAAGCACAGAUGAGUAUGAUAUCCAUCUUAUGCUUGUUUCUUUGGACAAAGGAAGUAUACCAAGUUUGCAGCAGCCACACCUUUGCUGUCGGCCAACUUUGUCUGUCAAGCACCUAUGUGAAUACGUUGCUCGUCAGACCCUGUUACCGGCUGAAGAAGUUGAGAUAUUGGCGGUUAAAGGAUGCUGCAGCGUCAUCUGUGAUAAGCCAGCUGAUGAGACUUCAACCUUUCUAAGUGACGAGCUAACUACACUGACUGUAGAUCCCUGCAAAGAUGAACUGGAAGUUUUACAAGUACAUGAAACUUUGGCAGGGCUCAAGUCCAAAUGCAUAUCUAAAAUGGAACAUUUGAUUCUGGCAUUCAGAAGGAAGGAGAAAAUGUAGCCAUGCUUGAACGGACCAUUUUGAUAUUGGGGAUGGCAUAACUAUAUUGUACAUAUAACGUGAUCCACCACCAAUUGUAGUUGCAUUCUCAAGAAAGUGAAUCUACAGUAUAAAUUAUAGAAACCUGUUAUCAUUUUCAAGAAUAAUUAUUAUAGAAGGGAUUUGUGCAUGGCAUCAUCAUCAGAGCCGCUGUCUCUUUUUCUUUGGGAUUAUUUAUAUCUGGAUACAUCUCAUAAUUAGGAUUUUGAAGCAUAUAAAUGUUCUUUCAUUAAAUGUUUUAUAAUUAUUGUUAAAUGUUGAUAGGAGGGAUUUGGGCAUGGCAUCAUCAGAGCCCUUUUUCUUUGGGAUUAAUUAUUCAUUAAAUGUUCUAUAAUUGAGACGAAAAUAUUGUCGAAUGUUGAUUAAUACUCCCUUGAUCUCUCA